GACACACCGCAUGCUCAAAUGCUGUAGCCUGCCAGGUUCCAACUUAAACCAGGGGGAAUGGUCAUAAUUUAAUCACAGGGCAAUAUGUUUGUUCUUGAAUCCUUCGGCUCGUAAAAAACGUAAUUAGCUUUAGUAGUGUAUGUAACCCAGGUUUUCUUCCAGUUGAUUUUGAAAAACACAUUCUCAAUAUGAAGGGUAUAAUUGAAGAUCCCACACACACCGAAAGUGCUGGUUUUGGGUGCGCCGUGACAAACCGUUUUGGUCAGCUUUUAGACGACGAGGCCGACCCUUUCGACAUUAUUCGCCAAGCGCAGGUGGAAAAGCAGAAGAAAAAAAAGGAUGAGCUGAAAAGAACUGAUACCACAGCCAAACCUGUCAAGAAGGAGUCUCAAAAGGACAAGAGAACUCCAUUGAAUGCUGGGGAAGGCGACCAUGCACAGGCUAAAACUGUACAGGGUCAGAAAUAUCCUCCUCGAGGUGCACCUGGCCAGGUGACAGAGAGGGGGGAGCAACGAAUUGCCUUCCGGGAUCGGAGGCAGAACGACAGUGAGGCUCCCCUAGGAUACUCAAUUGAAAGGCCUGUGGAUCAGGGUGAGCGUGCCGGAAGGGGCCGAGGUGGAGGCCGUGGAAGAGGAAUGCGUGGCAACUUCAGAUCCACAGAUGGCUUUGACCAGAGAGGCAAAAGGGAGUUUGAGCGCCACAGUGGCAGUGAUAGAACUGGUGUCCGGCCAGAGGAGAAGCGAGGGGGCAGUGGUCCACGUAACUGGGGAUCCAUGAGGGACCACAUGAGUGCUGCGGCUGAUGGGGCUCCCACUGAGGGAGGGGACGGAGAUGAGGUGGCGGAUUCCGCAGAGGCUGGAGCAAAUCGUAAUCGGAUUCUCUGCAGCGCCCCGGAGACUGAAGGCGAGGGGGAAGCAGUAGUUGAGGUUUCUGUGGAAAUGUCUCUGGACGAGUGGAAAGCCCUGCAGGAACAGAACCGGCCCAAGAAGGAGUUCAACCUGCGCAAGGCUGAUACCAUUGUGCCCUCUGACUCUGUGGUCAUCCACAAGUCUAAGAAACAGGUUGAGGAGCACGUUGAGGAGGUUGAGGAGGAGGAUGACACUGCAUCCCUCCGUCGCCCUGCCAAUGACAUCACGGCCAAACUGAAGAUUGACUUUGGCAGCCUGGGACGACCAUCACGGGGGACCAGAGGAGGAGGAAGAGGUGGACGAGGUGGCCCAGCCACACGGCCUGAGACCAUUUCUCCCCAGAAGCCUCCUGAGAAGGCCCGAUUCCAGCAGGGACAGGCCCCAAACCCUGAUGACCCAGAAGACUUUCCUGCCCUUGCCUAAGGGAAGAGGACCAGCACUGGACCAGAGCCCAGUCCACAGGUGGCCCUUUACCUGUACUGUGCCUUAGUGGAUUUGGCUGCACUUCCCAAGAGGAGCAAGAAAUAUACUGGUUUUGCUCGUAUACAUCCCAAAGGACUGUAUAUAUCAGAGUUCCUAUCUGCUCUCUGUAUAGUUCAGAUGAAUAGCCUUUCAUUGUAAUGGGAAAUAUGAAUACUUGACCUGUUUAUAAAAAAUAAAUACUGUUGACAUUAA